AUGGACCGCGGGCCAGGGGUCCCGCCUCCUCCACGGCACCAGCUCGUCGGCGGUUCUCGGGGCUCCAGCUCCGGGAGUCUCGGCGCGCACAUCCCCGGCGCCGAUGGAUCGUCGGAGGACCUCCACGCCCUGGGCAAGCGCGAGAAGGUCAAGGACAAGGUGAAGAGGUACAUCGCCAAGCUGAGCUUCGUGGAGAUGAGCGUGAUGAAGGCGACGACCAAGAUCGACGGUCCACCGAAGGAAAAACACACGAGGAGGCUGGUGCUGGAGUCCUGGAGCCACCCGGACACCGCGCCAGCGGAGAUGGUGCACGCGCUGUCCAGGAUCAACAUGCUGAACAGCCCGGUGGUGACGCUCAAGGCGCUAUCCACGGUGCACGAGCUGAUGCAGCGUGGCUCGCCCGCGGUGCUCCCGGCGGUGGGCGGGUGGCUCGAUCAUCUAUCGCUGGUGCAGAGCCACUGGGAUAGGAACGGUAACAACGCGGACUACGGCCUGAGCGAGGUGUGCUCGCCCCUCGUCGUGGCGUACGCAAGGCUGCUCGCGGCCAAGGCGCGAUUCCACUCCGAGCACCGGGCGUUCGAGAACAACUACAGCUUUGACGAGGAGGCGGAGGGGAGGGGCGGGGGCGGCAUCAGGGGUGGCGGACCGCAUCCGAUCAGCGCGCCGGCCCUGCGCGGCAUGCUGUCGGUGGGGAGGACGUGCAGGGAGGCUCUGGAGCACUGCUCCAAGAUCCUGCCCGCGAACCCGCCGCUCAUAACCAUCCAGUGGCAGCGGCUGGUGGCGCACGUCGGCAAGCUGAUGGCGGUGGAGUCGCACCUACUGCACGGCGCGGCGGUGUACGUGGCGGCGAUGUUGGCGUCGAGCGGGGCGGGCGGGUUGGGGACGAGCGGGCUCUCCGUCGAGGACGCCGCGGCGCUCGAGGGCGAGCACUCGGCGCUGCGGGGCGCGUUCGAGAGGGCCAGGGCGAGACCGGCGAUCGUGUCGGCGUUCGUGGAGGAGGGCGGCGACCCGGCGCUUCCGUCGGGGUGGUCGGGGGAGGACGGCACCGGGGGACGGGGCGGGUUCAGGUUCCUGGAGCUGCCGGCUACGCUGCCAAGCUUCGACACGGAGGAGGGCAGGGCGGCUAUGUCGUCGAUGAUCGCGUCGUCGUUUGGCCCACCGUCGAGCCACCUGCCGCCGCUGCCGCACGAGGAGGAGGACGACGACGACUACACGUGCAGUCCCUUCGACGACUACCCGUCGGACGACGACGUGGGCGGAGAAUCCCCGGCGCCGCCGCUCAAGAUUGUGGACGUGCCCGACCUGAUCGACCUCGGCGACUUUGACGACGUCGCGCAGCCGGGUUUAGGGCCGCCUGCUGCGCACUUCGUCCAGGAGUGGCCAUCGCCGACGCGCCUCGCGCCGGCGCCGCCUCGCCCGCCGUUGUUCGCGGGGUACGGCGGCGUGUCGAACACGCCCGCCGCGCCCGCGCCGCACGGAGCGUCGUUGACGCCGGUGUCGAUCAGCGGGAAGGGACCGGCGCGGGGCGCGUGGAAGGAGCAUUCGAGGAACAACAGCGGCGAUAAGGUGUUGGAUAUCAACGCAUCCCUCGCCGCGUUCGAGCUCACCGCGACCAGGCCCCAGGAGAGCCCAAAGAUGAAGCUGAACGUGAGGGAGCCGUCGGUAUUCGCCGACAUCGCGCCCGCGGGGAUCAACAGCACGCGACCGGCGCCCCCGCCACCGGUGUCAAUGAACGCGCAGCGGGUGGCCAGGCCCCUGGUGAACCAGUUUGCCCCGUCGCCGCAGCCGCAGCCGUCGCCGCAGCCGCAGCAGCAGCAGCAGCAGCCGCCACAUGUGAUGCAUCAGCCCGCGAUGACGGUACCGCAGGCGCCCUGGCCGGUUCCGAUGCAGGCGCCUCAACAGCCGAAGGCGAAUCCCCAGCCCGCGCUGCAAAAGUGGAACAGUCCACCCCGUGAUUGGGUCCAGUGGGACGACGCCAUCGCGGAUGCUCCGUCCGUUCAGACGCCCGCGGACACCCCGAUCGUACACCCGCUGAACGAUGCGUUGGUCCAGCCCGACGUGGCAGGGCUCCUCGGGGAUCUCACGCAGGGUUCGUUCGACGAGAUUCCCAUCGCCGCGAUCAGGUUUGGCAAGCGCGUCGGCACGGGCGCGUUUGGAGAGGUUCUCAAGGCGACCUACCAGGGCACCGACGUCGCAGUGAAGCGUUUGCGGCUGGAUCCCAACCAGCCUCAAGCGGCAGACGACUUCAGGCGCGAGCUCAGGGUGCUGUGCGGCCUGAGGCAUCGUCACGUGGUGCAGUUUCUCGGCGCGUGCACCACGGGUCCGGAUCUGUGUCUCGUGAUGGACUUUUGCGGCGUCGGCUCGCUGUACGGGGUGCUUCACAACCGGCGUCAGAGCAUCACCGCGGCGCACGUGAUGCGUUGGAUGGCGGAUACCGCCAGGGGUAUGGUGUACCUGCACUCCAGAAACAUCAUACACCGAGACAUCAAGUCCGGGAACCUCCUGCUGGACGACAGCGGGGUUAUCAAGGUUGCCGACUUUGGCCUCGCGAGGGCGCACGGCCCGACUUCGAACCUGCUCACGCUGGUGGGCACGUACCCGUACAUGGCCCCGGAGUUGUUGGACUCGCAGCCGUAUAACAGCUCAGUGGACGUGUACUCCUUCGGGGUUGUGAUGUGGGAGUGUCUGACAAGGGACGAACCCUUCAGGGGGUUCAGCCCGAUGCAGAUCGUGGCGACGUUGUUGCGGGGGGAGAGGCCCAAGCUGCCGGCGCAGCCCGCGCUGCCGGCCAGCUACGUGUCGCUGCUGACGCAGUGCUGGGCAACUGAGCCGGAGCGUCGACCGACGUUUGAGGUGGCGCUGGAGCGUCUGCUUGAGAUUGCUCACGCGAUGAAGGCGGCGGAGAGCAGGGGCUGA